UCACAAUGACGCAGUCACGUUUCCCCUCCGUCAUGUCCGUACGGCUAGUCGAAGACAACCGUGUUAAUUUUGAAUAAAAAUGAAUAAAACGGCUGUUUUGGACUCGCCGUAUGGCCGACGUAGGGAAAAUGUGACGGAAGCAUAAGGUUCACGAUUUGCACUCAUCAGCGUUUAAUGCACAAAUGGAAAGAAAAAAAGACCUGUGAAGAAUAUUUGAAGUAUAUGCUUGGCUCGAUAAAGGCGAUCGCUGAUUGUGGUGGGUGAAACAUAACCAUUACGUUAUAGACCAGUCAGAAGAUCUAAAGGAAACGUUUUAACAACGGAAUUCAGAUGCCCCCAUAAAUUGGCAUGUAAACUGAUCCUAUCAGUUAUUUCAUGCAAAUAGCAGUAACAGUACCGUCAAACUGCAAUUCGAACCGAAGAACCUUAGAAUAGGUGUCUAAUGAAUGAACUUCUAUACCACAACAACCAGUGAUGAAUCUCGAAGGAUUACGGUUCACCUUCAUAAUCCUCUUUUCUCCUGCUCUUGGAGAAUUGAUGUUGAUGACCGCAAAGCCGAACAAUGGCAUUUACCAGGCGGAACCGGGUGAAACCGAAUACAACGAAGCAACGUUUACCCUAAUGCCGAUACCCUUUACCGCUUAUCCGUUUGCCAUGGCAUUCGAUUAUCGAUUCGGAUUCUUAUACUGGACUGAUCGAAUAGCGUUCGAAGUUAGCCGGUCCAAGCUGGAUGGGUCAGAACACAGCGUACUAAUUAAUGAUUCGAGUGCUCCACGAGGAAUCGCUAUUGAUACCGUAAACAACCGAGUCUUCUGGUGUGACAAAGGCAAAAAAGAGAUCGAGUUCGUCGACUUCGAUGGUACAAAUCGAGGGGUGUUGGUCGGCAUCGGUAUCGAUUUACCAAACGACGUCGUUGUGUCCAACAAAAAUGGCGUUGUCAUUUGGUGUGAUACCGGCAUGAAAACGAUUGAACGGUCAUAUUCAAACGGGUCAGGACGGGUCGUCAUCGUGAGUGGUAUCGCCAACAUGAUGAGUUUGGCGCUCGACUACAAGGAGGAGCGUGUAUAUUGGGGCGACCGGGCUCUUCAGCGGAUUGAAUCGGUGUAUCUUGAUGGAUCUGAUCGUCGCAUUCACGUGACCCAUGUCAAAGAUCUAACUUCAUUUGAUCCGUAUGGAAUAGCCCUACGAGGAGAACAGGAUGCAAUUCACUUCACGGAAUUUUCAACGGGGUUACUAUUCCGGUUGAAACCGAGUGCUACAGAACCGAUGGCUACACAAGUUAAGACACCCACGUCGUCCCCGGCGCUACCAGAUGCACCUAGAUUGAUCUUGUUUAUUUCAGAUUCCGCAACAACCACGUCCUCAAUCACGACACCAUCAACCAUUGAUCAUUUGACCACGGAAUCGACAACGCCGCGGCUGACUGCAAACUCAGCAACAACCACUCAGUCCACAACCACUGCGGAAUCAAUCACAGACUUUUCAUCAUCAUCAUCAUCAUCAUCAUCAACAUCAUCAUCAUCAUCAUUAUCAUCAUCUUUCGUUAACUCAGUAACCACUACUCAAUCGAUAACCACUGACGAACCGAUCACGGACCCAUUGAUAUCGCCGAUUAUGAACUCAAAACGCUUCGCACUCGGUGUCAACGUCUGUGUGAGGGAUCACGUGAUUUCCACCGCGCGUGUGAAGACUUCGCUUCAGUGCGCGAUGAUGUGCACAGGCAUCAACGACUGCAUAUCGUUCAACUUUCACCCCGAUUCUGGCCUCUGCGAAUUGAAUGAUGGGAUACCAGAGGAUGUAUUGGAUGAUAUGCCAACAUCCGAUUUGCCUGAGAGUAGUUGUCGCUAUUUUGAAAUGAAAGAAAUUAAUUGAACAAUAAAAUAGCCUAAUAGUAUAGUACAGACAUUGUAAUUUUUGGUUCAACUUUUAAUUUCUGUUUGGGAAUUGUCCUUUCCUAAUGUUCAAAAGGUAGAGUACACUAAUAUCAACAAAAAUAUAUUCAAAAGUUAUCAUCAAUUAAGCAAUAUUUCACAAGUACAUAGGCCUAUAAAGUAAGGUAAUAAUAGGGCUAAGACGGUAGCUUCACACAGUGUCUAAAUGUCCUGGGCUUAAUGAUCUCCUUUACAUAGUAUAUGACUGCCUUUCCCGCCAUUGGCGCACAUACUCUUGGUCAUUCUUGAUCCUAAAGACCUCGAACUUAAUUACCAUAUCACCAAGGAAAAUCACACUCAUCCAGGCAAAAUGUCUUACAAAACAAUAAUAAUAUAUAAAAUUUAUAGAGCGCUAGCACAAACAUGUACUUGAUCAAGGUCAAACACCCAUUAGAUGCAAAAAUAGAAAAGAUUGAUAUAGAUUGAUGUGGAUAUUGAUGUACAUGGAUAUUGGUGUUGAUAUAUACAUGUAGAUAUUAAUGUAGAUGUAAAUACAACUAUCGAUAAAUAUCAUACCUCAAAAUCAUAAAGAACAAACAACCAAUAGAAGGAUGUACUAGAUGCAAAAAUCUUGAUAUAAAUAGAUGUGGAUAUUGAUGUACAGUUGAUGUUGAUGUACAAGUAGAUGUUGAUGUAGAUAAAUAAAAGGAUGUACUGUCUGGAUCAAGGUAAAACAGCCUUUUAAUAUAUUCAUGAUAUUAUGCAAGAAUAUUCAUAUAUAGAUAUUUAUGUACAUUGAUAUUGGUGUUGAUAUACAUGUAUAUAUUGAAGUAGAUAUUAAUGUAAAUUAAUGUGUAUUUAGCCAACACGUAAUUUAGUUUCACAAAGCAUGAAUAAAUUAGUCGUACCUCAAAUAUCAACAAAAUCAUAUGGCGAACGUUCGUUUACUCAUGCAGCCCCUGUUUUAUGGAUCAAACUCCCAAAUUCCCUUAAAACAAUCGAUUCAGUUAACAAAUUCACAACAGCUCUUAAAACAUACUUAUUCAAAUUGUACCUAGCCUCAACAAAAUGAACUCACCAACACCUCUCUUCCUCUCCUUUGUUUUCCCAAGCGCAUAGAGACUAUUUGUUAUGUGUUAUGUGCUAUACAAAAACUGAACAUUAUUAUUAUUAUCGAUACAAUACUAUCAAUAGAUAUCAUACCUCAAAGGCAUAAUAGUGUAAGUACAAACAAACAAUGCAAGGAUGUACUGGAUCAAGGUCAAACAGACUUUUAAUAUAUGCAAAAAUAUUAAUAUAGAUAGAUGUAGAUAUUGAUGUACAUGGAUAUUGCUUUUGAUUAUAGAUAUUGAUGUAUACAGAUGUAAUUGUAAAUGAGGAGCAGAACAUAAAACUAUAUGGGGCAUUAUUAAAAAAAAUAUAGUCACACUUUUU